AUGACAGAUUCGAGCGCACAACAGGCCGAGAACCAUUACUUCGCCAAUGAGCCCCCGCCAAAAGACCUCAAGACAAACACCACUCUUGCGCGCGAGUUCAUCACACGCCAUGCUAAUGACGGGCGUCGUGUGGUGCUGGUCACUUCAGGCGGCACGACGGUGCCCUUAGAACAGCAGACGGUACGCUACAUCGACAACUUCUCUGCUGGUACGCGCGGAGCCACGAGCGCCGAGUAUUUCCUCCAGAACGGCUAUGCAGUCAUCUUCCUGCACCGACAGUUCUCGCUCUUGCCCUAUUCGAGACACUAUUCGCAUAACACACGCUCGUUCCUCGACUAUAUGAAGGAAGAGGAUGGCAAGGUCAUGGUGGACGAACAACACCAGGACGAGAUGCUACGGGUCUUGCGCCAGUACACCGAGGUCAAGCGCGGAAACAAGCUCUUGAUCUUGUCCUAUGUGACCAUCACUGAAUACCUGUGGAAUCUGCGCGAGGUUGCUCAGCUCAUGCGUCCGCUCGGGCCAAAAGCCAUGUUCUAUCUGGCCGCUGCCGUGUCCGACUUCUUUGUGCCCUCAGACCGCAUGGUCGAACAUAAGAUACAGUCGAAUGAAGAGUUCCAUGCAGACAAUAGUGGUGCCACUGGUGGCCAAGCAAAGCCUCCAGCGGCACGCACUGAGGGAAAAAGUCUCAUUAUUGACCUCGAGCCGGUCCCCAAGUUCCUCAAACAACUCGUCGACGGCUGGGCACCCGAUGCGAUGAUUGUCAGCUUCAAGCUCGAGACCGACCCCUCGCUGCUAGUUACAAAGGCCAAGUACGCGCUAAACAAGUACUCGCACCAUCUCGUUAUUGGAAACCUACUACUCACCCGGAAAUGGGAAGUCGUUUUCGUGUCGGCGCUUGAAGGCGAGAAGUGGAUAAGAGUGCCCACCAACCGCAGGACCAAGAGUUUGUCUGGGCGGCCAUCUCUGGUCGGUUCUGCUGACCAUCUAGCAAAGAAGGAUGCAGAGGCGGGUGGGUCAAUUGCCUCGGAGCGUGGGAUACCACAGGGCGAGCCGUCGGUGGAAAUUGAAUCUCUGAUUAUUCCCGAGAUUGCAUCCAUGCACAGCAAACUCAUAGAGCAUGCUCAAGCGCAAGUAAGGGUUGCAGCUUCUUAGCAAUGACACGCACCAUGAUCGGCAAGCCUCUUAUUUCAGUGUCCGCGCCGUCUCUUUGGAUGCAGCCCACAAAGGCCACAGCCCC